UCUGACCUCCUCAGACCAUUCACUAGCCGAUGCCAAAAUCACGAGGCUCUUGUUCGUUCUUCCUUCCGUCUUCCAUCUUAAUAUUUCUUUUCAUCUUGCUCGAUGUCAUCGACUGCGACGGAGACUAAUAGUGACCUCCGUCCUCGUCACAGACGUCGCUUCUCAACAAAUGACGCCCAACGCAACCUCCGUCUGGCUAUCUGCCAGCGUCUGCCUCAUUCACUUGAGGCACUCGACCUCUCAUCUAACUCAGCCAAAGAAACCUUUGUUGCGCUCAGGUAUCUCGUCCUGUCGUAUUUAGAAGACAUUGAGACACGAUUGGCCAAACUCGAGUCUCCAAUCACGCCGAUUACUGACCUUCACCUCUCUGAGGCUCUGAAGAGUAAGGGCGGUCACUCUGUCGAAGAAGCCAGACAAUGGGCAAAAGAUGCCCUUGAGAUGCUUCGUAGUAUCCGAACCGAUGUGUGCUCUCACUUCCCGGACCUCCAUCUCCCAGACAUGUCUCCAGUAAAGUCCCAUCUCCCCGAACUCCCUGAAGUUCCUUCCCUGAGCGACGUGCGCUCGCAUCUACCUGACAUCCCGAGUGUCUGUCCGCACAUGCCAGCUCUAGCUCCGAACGACAUCACAUCGCUGCUAGAACAUGUCUGUUCGCGUUUCUCCGACUUCGACUUUUCUGAUUAUCUACCGACCCUCUCGGCUCGACUCCAGUCGCUCCAUGCGCACCUACGUUCAUUUGAUCCUCGCUCUAGCGAGAUUGCAUCUUUCCCGGUAAAUUCCCGUAUAUCCGGCCUCAUUGAUUCCAUCAUGUCCUCCGAACUCAUCACUGAACUCUCUGAUGAUGUCACUGAAGCGGAGGCUAUGAUAGAAGUGGCGGCGAGGGACAUUGCUCGUGCAGUAAAACAAUCUUUCCAAGGAUCACGACUAAUUAAGUACGUCGACCUUCCGCCACAGUGGCGAAACAACCCUUUUGUCACCGGAGGCUAUCGAUUCAUCCCCCUCGACAAAUGGCCUCUUAUUAUCAUGUCAUUAUUUGCCGUACACAAUGAAACUUUAAACAUACAUACCCAUCUCAUUCCGUUCAUCCUUUGGCUCAUCAACUUGAUAUCCAUAUUCAAUGCAUCGACUCUCGUAGACGCCCCGGAGGUGGCAUUUAUUUCAUUUGCACUUCUCUGUCUCUUUAGUAGUGUACUCUGGCACACUAUGGCCGGCUGCGCACAUCCUCAAGGCAUGGAGCUUUGCGCACGAAUAGACUAUGUAGGUAUCGGAUGGCUUAUCAGCGCAUCAGUUGGCACCGUCGUAUAUUAUGGCUUCCAGCAUUGUCAUCCGGAUGUGGGAAACGCAUUUCUUGUUUGUUGUUUGAUGACUGGGAUCGCAGGAAAUGCAUUCCCAUUCUUCAAAUGGUUUGAUCAAGCCGAGUAUAAGCAUUAUCGCAUUGCUUUCUUUCUGUCCCUGGCAUUAACCGCCGCCGCCCCUAUGGCAGCCCUUGCAUACCUCCAUUCACCUGAGGAGAUGUUUGCCUUCGUUGACCCCAUCUGGCCCUCCAUCACAUCAUACCUUAUCGGGCUCGUCUUCUAUGCAACCCACAUCCCGGAACGCUUCCUUUCCGAGCGGCACUCUCACUGGUUGGACUGGUGUGGUGGUGGGUCACAUGCGAUUUGGCACAUUUUUAUUGUUAUUGCUAUCGGCCAACACCACGCUGCGAUUGCAGAGCUCCGGGGCGGCGUUGAGUGUCAUGCUGUACCAUGAUGCUGAUUUUUUAUUUGGCUCAUGUAUUUAGAGGAGCGCAAAUUUGCUCUCGCCUAGCAUACUGGACACUGCAUCUUGGAUCUGCAUUAUAUUUACGUAGAAGUAUAUACACACCUUUUGAAAUUUUAUGUGCAUUUUUCAGUGGU